AUGGAGCGGCUGCGGGACGUGCGGACGCGGCUGCGGGAGUGGGAGCGCGCGUUCGGGCGGCAGCAUGGGCGGCGGCCGGGCCAGGACGACGUGGAGGCGGCACCAGAGGAGACCCGCGCGCUCUACCGGGAGUACAGCGCCCUGAAGCGAGUCCUGGGCCAGGCCGGCGGCGGGCCCCGCACCCCCGAGCAGUCGCUCCCCGCGGCGGCCGAAGAGGCCCCAGAGCACAGCUGCUGGGGACCCCACCUGAAUAGGGCUGCCACUAAGAGUCCACACCCUGCUCCAGAGCAGAGCUGUCGAGGGUCUGUGCAGGACUAUGGGAAGAGGCUUAAGGCCAAUCUGAAAGGCACCCUGCAGGCUGGGCCAGCCCUGGUCUGCAUAUCCUGCCCCCGACGAAGACCCUCAUCCAAGAUAACCACCCCAAAGCCCUCAGGCACAGGGGCUGACUCUGUCCCUCCAAAUGAAGUCAGUGAUGUGCCCCCCAAGCCUCCUGAGCCCCAGCCAAGGCCAGGCCGGCUCCAGCAGCUACGGGCGUCCCUGAGCCUGCGGCUGGGCUCCCUAGACCCAGGGUGGCUACAGCGGUGUCACAAUGGGGCCUCACAUUUUCUGGAGGCCCCCACGGCCUGCAGGCCUGGCCUGGACUCAGAGGAAUCACAAACUGUGACCUUAGGUAAGUUGGCUGUCCUUGGUCCUGGCACUGGCUUUGAGGCACUUUCACAGGGCCCAGAGCCUCCAGCCCUACAGGCAGCCCAAGCUGGUACAGGGAGCCCCCCACCCAGCAACAAUCAAGGCAAGAAGCCAAGAUGGAGUGAGGAGCCCUGGGCAAGUCCUACACAGGUCCAGUGGGACAGUGGCCAAGCAGGACCCCCAUCUCAAGGUGCUGGAGCCAUAGCACUUGAGGAAGACCCUGCUAGGGAAUCUGUACAUGCACAGCGACCUCAGCCCUGCAGUAGCCCUUCAAUCCCCAGGUACCACAGCUUCAACCCCUUGAGUCAUGCCAGGGCGGGGAAGGCUGAGGGCAUGUCCUACCUGCACAUCUUCCCUAGGACAGCCGUCCGGGACAGGGGUAAUUACAUACGCCUCAACAUGAAGCAGAAACGCUACACACGGGGCAGGACCCUUCGAGGCAGGCUCCUCCGCAAGCAGGCAUGGAAGCAGAAGUGGCAAAAAAAAGGAAAGUGUUUUGGGGGUGGUGGGCCCAGAGCCACACUCGAGGCUUGUCUGUCGUGUGGGCAGCUUGGUCACUGGGCACCACAGUGUCCCCAGCCAGUAGGUGAGGAAGACACAGGGCCUGCUGGGCCUGAGCUCAAGGUGCCCCACCUGGCCCCUGCCAUGCUGCCUCUCUACCCAUUAGGGCCCUUAGGGCAGGUGGCAGAGACACCAACUGAGGUCUUCCAGGGCCUGGAGCAACUAGGACACCGAGCCUUCCGCCCCGGGCAGGAGCACACAGUCAUGCGAAUCCUGUCUGGCAUUUCCACACUGCUGGUGCUGCCAACAGGCGCCGGCAAGUCCCUGUGCUACCAGCUCCCGGCACUGCUCUACUCCCAGCGCAGCCCCUGCCUCACACUGGUUAUCUCUCCACUCCUUUCACUCAUGGAUGACCAGGUGUCAGGCCUGCCCCCAUGCCUCAAGGCAGCCUGCAUCCACUCAGGAAUGACCAAGAAGCAGCAGGAGUCUGUCCUGCAGAAGGUACGGGCAGCCCAGCUACAUGUGCUGAUGCUAUCACCUGAGGCACUGGUGGGGGCAGGGGGCCCUGCCAUCCUCACCCAACUCCCUCCGGUGGCCUUUGCCUGUUUCGACGAGGCCCACUGCCUCUCUCAGUGGUCCCACAACUUCCGGCCCUGUUACCUGCGCAUCUGCAAGAUGCUUCGUGAGCGCAUGGGUGUGCGGUGCUUCCUGGGUCUCACAGCCACGGCCACACGCAGCACUGCCCGUGACGUGGCCCAGCACCUGGGUAUAGUAGAAGAGCUGGGUCUCUGUGGGCCAGCCCCUGUUCCUGCUAACCUGCACCUCUCUGUGUCCAUGGACAGGGACCCAGACCAGGCUCUGGUGACGCUGCUGCAGGGGGAUCGUUUUCGUGCCCUGGAUUCCAUCAUUGUUUACUGCAACCGUCGUGAGGACACAGAGCGGGUCGCUGCACUUCUCCGGACCUGUCUGUGUGCAGUCCGGGGUCCGGGCCCUGGAGAUCGUGCCCCCGAAGCUGUGGCUGAGGCCUACCACGCUGGCAUGUGCAGCCGGCAGCGGCAGCGGGUGCAGCGGGCCUUCAUGCAGGGCCAGUUGCGGGUGGUGGUGGCCACGGUAGCCUUCGGUAUGGGACUGCACCGGCCGGAUGUGCGCGCUGUGCUGCACCUGGGGCUGCCCCCGAGCUUCGAGAGCUACGUGCAGGCUGUAGGCCGGGCCGGGCGUGAUGGGCAGCCUGCCCACUGCCACCUCUUCCUGCGGCCCCAGGGCGAGGACCUGUGGGAGCUGCGCAGACAUGUGCAUGCCAACAGCACCGACUUCCUUGCUGUGAAGAAGCUGGUGCAGCGUGUAUUCCCACCCUGCACCUGCGCCCAGCCACCCCCAGAGGAGCAAAGAGGUGUGGGCAGGGAGAGGCCUGUGGCCAAGUGCCCCGUUCAAAAGGCCGAGUAUCACAGCAGCCCCCAAGCAGCCCCAGAGCCCAGGAGGGCCUGCCCAGGCCAUGAGCUGGCACUCCCAGUGCAGCCAACAGUGCAGGCCCUGGACCUGCCGGAGGAGGCCAUCGAGACGCUGCUGUGCUACCUGGAGCUGCACCCGCGGCGCUGGCUAGAGCUACUGCCUACCACCUAUGCCCAUUGCCGUCUGCGCUGCCCUGGGGGGCCCACCGAGCUCCAGGUUCUGGCCCACAGGUGUCCCCCUUUGGCUGUGUGCUUGGCUCGGCAGCCACCUGAGGACACAAGGUGGGAUAGCAGGUCCUUGGAGUUUGACAUGGUAGAGCUGGCAGACUCGAUGGGCUGGGAGCUGGCCUCUGUGCGGCGAGCUCUCCGCCAGCUGCAGUGGGACCAAGAGCCCAGGACAGGUGUGCCACGGGGCACGGGGGUGCUUGUGGAGUUCCAGGAGCUGGCCUUCCACCUUCGCAGCCCUGGAGACCUAACAGCCGAGGAGAGGGACCAGAUCUGUGACUUCCUGUAUGGCCGUGUGCAGGCCCGGGAGAGUGAGGCCUUGACCCGUCUACACCGAAACUUCCAGGCCUUUCACAGCAUGGCCUUCCCCAGCUGCGGGCCCUGCCUGGAGCAGCCCAGUGAGGAGCAGAGCACCAAGCUCAAGGACCUGCUUGGCCGCUACUUUGAAGAAGAGGCAGAGGAGGCACAGGGGCCGGAGGCCAUGGGGGAUGAGCAGGGCCCAGAGCUGGGGCAAGCUAUGCUCCAGGACUGGGAGGACCAGAUCCGCCGCGACAUCCGCCAGCUUCUGUCCCUGUGGCCAGAGGAGAAGUUCUCAGGCAGGGCUGUGGCCCGCAUCUUCCACGGCAUUGGAAGCCCCUGCUACCCAGCCCAGGUGUAUGGGCGGGACCGUCGUUUCUGGAGAAAGUACCUGCACCUGAGCUUCCAUGCCCUGAUGUGCCUGGCCACAGAGGAGCUCCUGCUGGUGGGCCGCUGA